UCGCCGCCGUCUCCUUCGCCGCCGUUGAGGAGGCCAACGGAAACUGCCCACCAAACACCGACACCCGUACCUGCAUCUGGUUCAACAACCUCGCCUGUAACGCCAACAAGGCCUGCCCAACUGGAAAGACAUGCUGCGCCAACAACUGUGAGUCCUUCUGCCAGACCAACUCCUGCCCACCAAACACCGACACCCGUACCUGCAUCUGGUUCAACGACACUGCCUGUAACGCCAACAAGGCUUGCCCAACUGGUCAGCUGUGCUGUGCCAACAACUGUGAGUCCUUCUGUGCUUAAGACCUUAAGUCUUCCGAGUCUCCUCACCCAGGACAUUUCUUUC